ACGAGUGUGAGUGGUCUUGUCAGCACCCAACCCAACUCACACUGCAUCUCAACUCCGUCAAAUUUGUCUCUCCCUCUCUACAUGUAAUUCUCAUUCAUCCCUCCUGUCUUCUAAAACCCAAAACCACUCCCUCACUAUUCCACUCCAAUUCUCGAUUUUUUUCUCAGUUAGGGUUUCGGUCUGUGAUUUACAGAGAGAGGGGUACUAAGGUAUGGCUGAUCAUCUGUAGAGGUUGGGAUCGGAGGAGUCGAGUAUGAAGGAGGAGCUGUGCAUGGUGGAGGUUGAUCCGCCGAUCAGAGAUAAUCUUGCCACCGCCGAUGACUGGCGGAAGGCGCUUGAUAAGGUGGUUCCGGCGGUGGUCGUGCUUCGGACCACCGCUUGUCGGGCUUUCGACACCGAAUCUGCCGGUGCCAGCCACGCCACGGGCUUUGUCGUUGAUAAGCAGCGCGGGAUUAUUCUCACCAAUCGCCACGUCGUCAAGCCCGGACCUGUAGUUGCAGAAGCCAUGUUCCUAAACCGCGAAGAAAUUCCUGUGUAUCCUAUGUACCGUGACCCGGUAGGUGGUUUAUAUUUGGGCUUUCUUUCUUAUGUUUAUAUUGUUUUUUGUUUUUGUGUGAGUAAUUUUCUGACCACACUGCUAAUUUAGUAUUCAGCUGGAGAG